GUUUGUCCCCCCACUCCCCAAACGCGGUGGGUUACCUUCUUCGUUGGCUUCUCCACACUAAAUAUCUGGAAUUUAUUGCACUCUUUUCUUCCCUUUUCUUAUUCUCUCUCAUCAACAUUUUCUUCUCAAACAUUAAAAUUCAUAAUCUUCUUUAUUUUAUUAUUAGCAAAAAGAAAAAAAAGGAAAAAAGUUGCAGCUUCCAGCAAAUUAAACAUGGCACGAACAAAUGUGCCAAAGUUUGGAAAUUGGGAGACAGAAGAAGAUAUCCCAUACACGGCCUAUUUUGAAAAUCCAAGAAGGGUUUCUUCUAGUGAAAAGGUGAACCCAAAUAAGUCUCCUGAUAAUCCUAAUUUGGUGUCGAGAUUUGAAGCACGAAGAGGAUCAGAAAAACAGGAACACAUGGUAAAGCAGGAAGAUGGUGAACAUAAUGUAAGGUCAUAUGAUUCCCCAUCACGCCCUAAUGGAGGACGUAGAGCUUCAGUCAAUUCACCCAAAAGAGUUGCAAGGAUAAAUGGAGGAGGGUUUCGCAGUGCUGACAAUUCCCCUAUGCAUCCACAUUACCAGGCAAAGAAAGGAAGCACGGUUUCUUCUCCUUCACGGGAAAGGAAGGGUCCUUCGGAUGGAAAUGGAAAUCUUGGUUUGGCUCCAUCCACUCCUGGAAGGUCCCGUCUGAGAACUGUUGUUCGAGGCAAUGAAACUCCUGAUCGAGGUGCUUCUGUUCCGAAAUUUGGGGAAUGGGAUGAGACAGACCCUUCAUCAGCCGAUGGAUUCACACACAUUUUCAACAAAGUGAAAGAGGAGAGGCACGGCAGCACAGGAGAUUCGAAUGCUACAGCAGUUCAAACCCAACAAUCUGAUAAAAGUAAAAAGUCCAAAUCCAAGCAUGAAGGUGGCGCCGGUGAUUUGCCUUGUCGCAUCAGCCAUUGGAGAUGGAAGGAGAGCCGAAUGGAGCGGAGGACUGAACGGCGGUGGCGGCUGAGUUGGAGAGAGAAUGAGCGGCGAAGGAGAUAGAGAGAGAGUCGCGGGAGGAGAGGCGACGAUUAGCCACCUCGCAAUCUGCCUCGUUCCCUCGGUAUUCAGUGUGGCUGGAGGUCGUCAGCUCCUCUUCGCGAGCCUGUUGGUGGCUGUGGUUUGGGGCUCCUCUUCACUCGUACCAUGCUUUGGGCUGCUGCAUUUUGUUUUAUCGUUUUGUACAUUAUUUUGCGUAACUAUUUUGUUCAGUCAAGAGUAAUUCACUUUUAGUUAAGAAUAAUGAUGUUUUAGUUAUUAUCUAUUUUGCUUUAGUUAAGAAUAAUAUUGAUUUAGUUAUGAUUUAUUUCACUUUAGUUAUUAUUAUUUUGUUUUAAUUAUGAUAAUUUCAUUUCAGUUGUAUAAUGGUUACAUUUAGUUAUGAAAUAUAAUGAGUUUGAACUUUUUGUAUUUACGUUAA